GGCGGCGGCGGGGCCGUUAUUUAGGGCUGGCGGCGGGGCGCCAGGAGGCGGUGCCGCACGGCAGGAAUUCUGUCCAGCAUGUUUUCUGGGUGGAACUGGGCGGUCCAUUGCUUGUAUCUGUUUUUGAAUAUUUGUUCCUUUGAAGUUUCAGGUGGACUUGUACAAUCAUGUGGUCACAUCAUUCCAGAGUCUCCAGUGUUGGCCAUGGGUUCCAAUUUCACAGCAUUGUGCAUUUUGAAUGAGAGUUGCCUUGACUUUGGCAAUAUAUAUGCUAGUCAGAUUAUAUGGAAAAUGAAAAAUAAGGUGGUACCUAAAGAACAAUACCGUGAAAUAAACAUAACUGUUUCUAGUGUCACAUUUAAUGACACUUCUUCUCUGGCUUCUCCACUGACAUGCAACGUUUUAGCAGAUGGACAGAUUGAGCAGAAUAUUUAUGGAAUUUCAGUUACAGUAGGCUUGCCCCCAGAGAAGCCUGAAAACUUAAGUUGUAUUGUAUAUCAGCUGUCGAAUCUCAGAUAUCCUAUGAACUGUACCUGGAACCCUGGAAAUCAUACAUUCCUGGACACUCAUUUUAGGUUGAAAUACAGGUGGUCACGAGAAAGCUUUCCUGACUGCAUACCGAAAUCUGUAAAUAAUUCUUGUACCAUUUCUGAUGUUCAGUUCUUUGUUAACCUGGAGGUCUGGGUAGAAGCGGCAAAUGCUCUUGGGAAGGCUGAAUCUGAUCAUCUUGUUUUUGACCCCAUUGAGAUUGUCAAACCACUGCCUCCACACAACCUAUCAGUCAACUCAGGAAUACUGCCUACUGUUCUGAAGCUUUCCUGGGAGAACCGGAUUUCAGCAGCUGUGAUGAAACUGAAAUUCAAUAUUCGCUACAGGAUCAGUAGUGAUACGAACUGGAUGCAGGUUCCUCCUGAAGAUACGGCUUCACCAAGGACUUCAUUCAGCAUUCAAGGCCUCAGACCUUACACAGAGUAUGUCUUUUCUAUUCGAUGCAUGAAGGAAGAUGGAGAAGGGUUUUGGAGUGACUGGAGUGAAGAAAAAGUUGGGGUUACAACUGAAGAUAAACCAUCUAAAGGGCCAACCGUAUGGAGGACCAUUGAUGCAUCUCCCUCACCAGCUUUUUGGACUGUACGACUGAUGUGGAAGGCACUAGAGCCAUUUGAAGCCAAUGGAGUGAUCUUGCAGUAUGAAGUGACUGUCAGAGCUAAACCACCCCUCUCCCAUCCGCCAUGGAGGUACAACGUUACUACCACAAGCCUUACAUUAAAGCUGCCAAAUGGAACUUAUGAAGUGACUCUGAUUGCACAUAACAGAGUUGGGGCAUCCCCUCCAUCAGUUCUGCUUAUUCCAUCAAGUAAUUCAAAAGCUCCUGUGAGGAAUAUUAGAACACUACCUAAAGAUGGCAAAUUGUGGGUAGGAUGGACUGCUCCUAAUAAUGUUCUUAAAUACGUAAUUGAAUGGAGUCUGAUGUCUAACAGCUCAGGCGGCAUCACAGAAUGGCAGGUAGAACCAGGAAACAUUCAAGGAACAUACUUAAAAGGUGACAUUAAGCCAUUCAAGUGUUACUUGAUAACUGUGUACCCUCUGUAUGCUGAUGGCCAGGGAAGUGGACAGUCUGUGAAGGCUUACCUUCAGCAGGAUCGUCCUUCAAAAGGACCAACUGUUCAGACAAAAAAAGUAGGAAAAGCUGAAGCUGUUUUGACAUGGAACCAUCUCACAGUAGAUGAGCAAAAUGGAUUCAUCAGAAGUUACACAAUACUGUACAAAACUGUCGAUGGAAAUGAAACAGCUGUGUCAGUGGAUCCAUCCAAGACAGAGUAUACCCUCUCUUCUCUAACCAGUGACACACUGUAUACUGUGCGGAUGAUGGCAUACACAGAUGAAGGAGGCAGAAGUGGUCCUGAUUUUACUUUUACUACACAGAAAUUUGGGAGAGGAGAAAUUGAAGCCAUAGUUGUACCUGUGUGUCUAGCAUUCCUGUUGAUUGUACUCCUUGGAGUUUUGUUUUGCUUCAACAAACGUGACUUAAUUAAAAAGCAUAUCUGGCCUAACGUCCCUGAUCCAUCCAAGAGUAACAUUGCUCAGUGGUCCCCACAAGUUCCAGCUAAGCACAACUUUAGUUCUAAAGAUCAGAUGUACCCAGAAGGCAGUUUCACAGAUGUGAGCGUCGUAGAAAUAGAAGCUGAUGACAAGAAGUCUUUUUCAGAACAAGAUCUAAAACCUUUUGAUUUGCUCAAAAAGGAAAAAAGUACUUCAGAAGGGCACAGCAGUGGUAUUGGAGGAUCCUCGUGCAUGUCUUCUCCUAGGCAAAGUGUCUCUGAUAGUGAUGAAGGUGAAACUACACAAAACACUUCAAGCACUGUGCAGUAUUCAACUGUAGUACUUAAUGGCUACAGAGAUCAAACACCUGUACAAGUCUUUUCAAGGUCUGAAUCUACUCAGCCUCUGCUAGAUUCAGAAGAGAGAUUAGAGGAUCAUGCUGGAGGGAGUGACGGUAUGCCACAAAGGCAGCAGUAUUUCAAACAGAAUUGUGGUCAGGAUGAAACCAAGACAGACAGGCCAUUCUUGGAAAGAGCAAAGCAGAUUAUUUCUGCUAAUGAGGAGGAUCUCGCUGGGUUUGCACAACUGCAGAUCUCAGGUCAGAGAUCUCUAGGCUUUGAUCUGGAAGAAGAUACACAGGAAGCUGCUCUGCCAGAUGUUUUGCAGACAAGUACUGAAGGACAAACUGUGAGACCUGAAACAGUGGAGGGAAACAUACCAUCAGUUGAUGAAAUGCCAAAAAGUUACCUCCCGCAGACUGUGAGACAAGGGGGUUAUAUGCCUCAGUGAGAGAAGAGACUGGCUAUAUUAGGCCUUCAUUAGUGCCCGUUCACAUUUUUUUUCCUGUGUUUCUGAUAAAUUAAGCUAGGUAUUUUUAUCUGAAUGCAGAUAGAAAUAUUGAAAUUAGGUGAAGAAUAAUUUGACAAAGUACAAUAAGGACUAUGUUUCCGUGGAAAAUCUGCAGUCCAGACCUACUGGAGACUUACUUUUAUGCACUACAUGAAAUCAUAUUUGUCUGAAAAGCUGAACAAGCCUAUGUGCUACCUUGCUUUUUGUCUUGUCAUAUCCGAUUUACGUAUGAUUGAAAAUAGCAAGUUUCAGUUAAUCACAUUGGCCAACAGACCUCCUAGAAGAAAUACUUUGAUUUGUGACAGUGUACAAGCCUAAAAAGCCAGCUUUGGUUGCUUGGAGCAUCUUUGUGCAAAAAUGAGACUGAAGUUCAGUAUUCUAAAGCAUAAAAAUACUGUAUCAUACACUUUUCAACAGCUUGAUUAACCUUCUGAAUUUUGACUUGGCCCAGUGUCACAGUUUCAGACUUAUCAAACUCAAGUGUGCAAGUCAUGCAUCCCCAUUUAAAACCUACAUAGAAGUUGUGAUGGUGUGCAGGUAAAAAAUGCUAUGAUUGCUUGACUCUGAGUGCUACUAUAGUCACUGAUACUCCUUCUGUAUUUAGAUAUGCUUGCACAUGAAGUAUAUAAUAAUUUGGCCUAAAAGUGUGCCUUGCUAUUGGAUGCACAACAGUUCAGCCUUUGUGUUUAAAUGUUAAAUCCAGAUGAAAACGCAGACGAGGAAUCAGUCAAAGAUUUUUGAGCCCCAGUCACUUCCUGAUGACACUGCAUCUCUCCAGUCAUGUUAAUUGCCUUUGUACAAUAUGUGCCCCCUUGGCAGCGUACUGCUUGAGAGAUAAAUAAUGGGCUGACGGAUUUCACAGUCCCUAUAACUGCUCAGGAGAAGGAUCUUCUUCCUGAUUGACUAUGAAGAUUAAUACUACAGGACUUCCUUGAAACAGAACAUAGCAAAAACCAAAGCGCUCAAGUCAUUGAAUGCUCAGGGGGAGAAAGGAAAAAAAAAAAAAAGCAACUACCCUGAAAUUGACAGUUACUGACAAUAUGAAUCUGUUAUCCAGCAUAAUCCACAGAUAAUAUCUGUGGCUGCUAAAACUCCUCGUGUCUCAGUUCAGCCCUGUUCAGAUGGUCUGUGCUUUAUUACAGGUACAUACAAUUGCAUUAAUAUAGCCCUCUUCCCUAAUGAUGGAAUUUUACGACACUCUUGUAGAUGUUUUUCUUAACUUAGUCUAGUCAGCUUUUCUAACUUGACACUAAUGACCUUCAUUCAAAACACUACAUGCUGUUCUGUGAGAAUACAAAGAGAGUUUUAAUUCUCCUUCAGCAGAAGGGAGACCUCCAGAACCUUUCAGUGCUGUGAUACAUGGUGCUGCUGUCCUGCAGAGCACUUGCUAAAGGCCUUUGAAGAACAGAUGGAAGUAUGAUGUUCACCUCUCAUGCUUUUGUUUCAAGGAAACAGUGCUAGUGUGAAUUCAGAAUAUGCUAUUUGGACUACUCAAAACAGAAUUCUUAAACUUCAAUAACAUUCAACAUUCUGCAGUUCCUUUCUGCUUACAGUAUUUUUCAUGUAUGGGCACUUUUUUUAAACUAAAAUGUGAUGUUGCAGGUUACUGUAACUGUACUUUUCUUCAGAACAGAUCACCUUCCUUCCUCCCUAUGCCACCUCAGCACAUUCAGCCUCUUCUUGCAGCUGUCAUGAGGCAGAGGAGGAUGUGUCUGAUUUUUCAAAGGCUGGAGGAGCAUUCUUGUUGUCAGAAUUUCCUCUUGGAAAAUGGCAGCAGUGAGUUUGUGCAUGGAUGGAUGUGUCUUCUUCAGUCAAACUUCAUUGUGGCCAUGGAAACCAUGAGUAAAAGGGAAAGUCAGUGUGCAUGCUUACUCAAAGUGCCCUACAGCCACAUGCUGUCUCAUUCACCUUCUGCUGAUCUCUGAAAUGUUUUGGGCUGCGAUUUUUAUGGCCACAGUCUGGCUGCUUAGCUUGAAUGAGUGUUGCUUUAAACAUGCUGUCUUUCAUCUGUGAUCCAGCAAUACUAACUUUUAGUAACAUAUGUUAUAUCUGAGAGACCACUUCAGUUGUUCCUAAAGUUAGUGUUCUCUUUCUGUCAUGUAGAGGGAAAGCAUUUUGUUCUCAGUUGCUGUUAACCAUGAACCAUUUCCAAAGUAAGUUAAAUUUUGAAGUGAUUCCCUCUUUUUGGGGGGUCAGUGGUAAUGAACUCACAUAGUUGUGCAGAAUAUCCUGGCAUGGGUUCUGUGUGGCAGAUUCACUUUCUCUCUUUCUAUCUCAUGCAUGCAUCUAGGAAUAAAAUUGCGAAGACGAAGCAGGAGAUACUUGUGGGUGAACAGCUUACAGAAGCCACAGAAAGUCUGAGUAACAGGUUUGCUUACAACUUCAUAAACCUUUGUGCCAAAGUGCUGUGUUGUACAGCGUUUGGGUUUAACUUGGUUUUGUACUUAGUAUGCAUUACAGCAACAGAGCUGUAUCUAAGAGUUGCACGCAGGUUUUAGAGUGUACGUAAUGCAUUUUACCAA